CAUGCUGCGGUGGUGGUGUCAGGGACAGAGAUGGCACGUCAGAUUCACAGAGAGAUCCAGAGGGAGGUGGAGGAGCUGGUCACCGGCGGCAACAUGAGACCCCACCUGGGUGUGGUGUUGGUUGGGGACGACCCGGCUAGUCGCACCUACGUCAGGAACAAGACCAGAGUUGCUAGUUUACUGGGUAUCUCUAGUGACACGGUGGUGAAACCUACCUCUGUCUCUCAGGAUGAACUACUGGAGCUGAUAGACAAGAUGAACAGAGACUGGAAGGUCUCAGGCCUGCUGGUACAACUACCUCUACCAGGGCACAUCAAGGAGCGUGCUGUGUGUAACGCCAUAGCUCCGGAGAAGGACGUGGAUGGGUUCCAUAUCGUCAACAUAGGGAAGCUGUGUCUGGGCCAGACGUCUAUGGUGCCUGCUACACCUGCUGCUGUAUGGGAGAUCAUCAGGAGAGCAGGUAUCGAGACAGUGGGGAAGAACGUGUUGGUGGCGGGACGCUCUAAGAAUGUAGGCUUGCCCAUCGCCAUGUUGCUUCACACAGACCGCAACCACCAACGCCCUGGAGGUGAUGCCACGGUAACCAUCGCCCACAGGUGCACCCCCAGAGAGCAGCUGAAGGAACUGACCCGUCUGGCGGACAUCGUCAUCGCAGCUGCAGGUGUACCUGGGCUGAUCACAGUAGACAUGGUGAAGGAGGGGGCAGCGGUCAUCGACGUGGGUAUUAACCGUGUCCAGGACCGGACCACAGGAAAACUACGACUGGUGGGAGACGUGGACUUUGAAGGGGUGAAGGAGAAGGCGGGGUUUAUCACGCCAGUUCCUGGAGGGGUGGGGCCUAUGACGGUCGCAAUGCUGAUGAAGAAUACUGUUGCUGCUGCCAGAUACGCACUGACACACUGA